GUAGAUUUCCAAACCCGACGAAAUUUAUGUAUGUUUUUGUGCAAUGGGUGGAUUGUAUUGGUAAUGAAGCAGUGAGAGAUAUAGACCCCAUAACUGUUUAUAAUAGAUAUAGAGUGUGUCAUGCACACUUCACAGUGGAAGACAAUUAUGGUAACAACAGACUUAGGAAGGAUGCUGUGCCAUCACUAAAUCUUCCUGAUCAACAAAUAUCCAACGCAACUGAUGAAAUUCUUGUGUAAAUUGUGUGGUUACAAGAAAACCAUCAGCUUCAGCAUCAUAUCAACAGUUGGGAGAAGUUU